UGUGCAUGCAGUUUUGCAGUGCGAAUCUUUUUGCAAGACUGCAGCUACAAGAAUCUAGGAGCUCCCGCAGCAGCAUGGCAGUAAAAAAGCAAGGCCUGGUAUUUCUGUUGGCUUGCGUGUCCCUUGUCAGCACUUCCCAGUUCCACAAAUCUCCACCUCCAUCUUUCAAUGGUUGCUACAAAGGUCGCAGUGAUGGCUCUAUCAAUGUGCAGGCCGUGUUUGACCAAGGAGGAGUGAGGGGAUAUGUUCAGUUCUACCAGCCGACACGAGGUGCCCCAACUGAGGUGAACGUCAACUUGGAAGGUCUUGAUCAGUUCAGUGGGACUUAUCCAUGGCACGCACAUGAUUUACCUGUCCGAAAUGCUUUGUUAAAAGAUUUCCCAUGUUCCCGAAUUGAAAUAGGCGGACAUUAUGAUCCAAACAACGUUGGGGAUGACCAAGACUACCGAGUUAAUUGCAAUCAACAGAACCGCACAGCAUGUGAAGUCGGUGAUUUUGGAAGGAAACUUGGUCGUCUUCGAAAUGAUCGUCAGCAGCAAUUUUUUGUAGAUGAAACUUUGGACCUGUAUGGCCCACAAUCGAUUGUUGGUCGAUCACUAGUUAUCCAUUACCCGGAAUCUCCAAACAAUAGGUUUAUAUGUGCAAACGUUGAGCCAGUUGGUUGCAGAGUGAAAAAUUUGAGGGCUGCUUUUGAUAAUGGUGUUCUUCAAGGGGAAAUUGUGAUCCGUCAUGUAGCUGGCCAAGACAGUGCCAAGAUCUUUGUCGACCUAGUGCAAGUGGUCGGUGAUACUACGGCAGUCAGGGACAGGACAUGGAGUCUUCAUUUCGGGCAACCUGACUCUGGAAACUCCUGCAAUGGAUUGAGAGAUGCGGUUGCUGGUGACUCAGACCUACACACCUUCCCAGACUGUACGAUGGAAGAACACAGACUCUGUCGAUUUGGAGACUUGGUUGCAAAAUGUGGGCCUCUACAACAAGUGGAUGGUCGUAUGCGUCUUUGUUGUACUGACACUCAGCUUGGGCUCAUCCCAUUAUCCACACUUUUCUCUCCCGCCAAUAACCAUUUCAUAUCUGUCCGAGUAGGAGGUCUGGAUUCUGCGCCUGAUGCAUGUGCUCGAUUUGAUAAGGUUGCCCCCCAAGUGGCUAAGGCUAAAUUCUCUGGCAAGGACAUCUUUGGUUCAGUCAUUUUCUAUCAAACAAGUCCUCUCGACCGUACGUUCAUUCAGCCACAUAUCCAAUCGAUUCGCCGAAGGAAUAUUUCACUCAUAAUCCGUGAAGGGAUGGUUAGCGAUCCUAAAAAUUGUUCUGCAGAUGCUCUUGGGGCCAUCUUCUCCAAACCUACUGGAUCGAUUUUCAGCAGACCUCUUUCUAGCAACAAUAUCAAAACUGGCGAUGCUUUCUUGAUUGGGAACCUUGGCUCUGCUAUUCCAAUAGCCCCAGGUUCUCAAAAUCAGUUUGAUCGUUCCUCUUCCCACUACGUCCCUGUGUUUGGCCCACACACGAUUGUCGGCCACUCUCUAGUCGUGGUUCAGGAUGUUGAUGGUGUCGCAGUUCCUCUAGCUUGUGGAAACAUUGAACGCCUAAGUAACUACCCAAGUGGAAUUUUUGCAUCGUUCACCGGCUAUCAGAACACAAAUGCCUAAGCAGCUGUAGUAGUUCACUAUACAUACAUUAUGUCAUUUGUGUGAUACAUAUAAUUAUUGUGUUUGUUUGUACAUUUUGAAAACAUCAA